AAGCCGAGGAGGUGAAGGAGCGUCUUACCGGUGAAGUGGACAGUCUCUACGACGGUCCUCCGAUUUUUGAUAAGGAGCCUUCGGGCCUGGAGGAAUUCAAUCAUGUUUCGGGCAUCAAAAUUCAGCUGUUGGAAGAAUUUGGUGUUCGAUUGGUAGUUAUUCUAUUGCGCAGGCCCGAGCUUUUCUCCUACGUGAAUUUGUUGCGACCUUGCAAACAGAUGUUAGAGUAUUUCAUAUUCUUCCCAAUUCGUACUACGCUCUACAUCAGUUGGUAUCAGAAGUCAGCACGAUUCAAGAUGCCGCCGUGGAAGGACGACAUCGACGGGCGUAGCUCCACCAUUGAGUAUCUGGGUCGACGAGCCAUGGGCUUCAGCCGCCAGAUCAAUCAAUUGGAACGUCGGGUUGAAGAUCUUUCGAUGGGGAUCAAAGAAGUGCAUCUUAUGAUCAACAACUUUGUUGAGGGUUUGCAAACGAAUUGUGACGUCGGCAACCGGGGCGUGCACGGAGGAGUUCACGGAGGACGUGGAGGCCGUGGUCCAGGCGGGGUGCCCCGCCGGAGAUCUCCACAACCACCAUCCGGCGAUGAAGACGGUGAGGAUACCAUCUCGGAGGUGAAUCCCUUCGGCGAGUGGCAACCUCUGCAUGUCGAGGCUGACCGCUUCGCUGCAUACGGCGGCCGUGACAUGUGGCGACGGGGCCCGGUCUUCGUGCACGGCGACGAUCAACGCAGCGAUAGGGGCUGGCGCGAGGAGGCAGCCUUCGCUGGCAGAUAUCGUGUCAGACACGAUUGGGGACUUGAUCGCGAAUGUGGUCAAUGGGAGGGCCCGUUUCGCGUUGACAUCCCAGAAUUCGACGAAGAGCAAGUUGACGGGCCAUUGUACGAUGGUCCACCAGUGUUUGAUGAAGAACCUGAGGAGGUGAAGGAGCGUCUUACCGGUGAAGUGGACAGUCUCUACGACGGUCCUCCGAUUUUCGAUAAGGAGCCUUCGGGGCCGGAGGAAUUCAAUCAUGUUUCGGGCAUCAAAAUUCAGCUGUUGGAAGAAUUUGGUGUUCGAUUGGUAGUUAUUCUAUUGCGCAGGCCCGAGCUUUUCUCCUACGUGAAUUUGUUUGACGAGCGGCCACUCCCUUCGGCGAUCAGGCCGCUUUUGUUUGAGUUUGCAGAUGUGUUUCCCGAGGACAUUCCUUCGGGCUUACCACCACUUCUGGACAUUCAGCAUCACAUCGACUUGGUGCCUGGGGCGUCUUUGCCGAAUAGACCUCACUACCGGAUGAGUCCAUCAGAACAUGAGGAGUUGCAACGUCAGGUGGAGGAGCUCCUUCAGCGUGGGGUUGUACAGCGCAGCUUGAGCCCGUGUGCUGUGCCAGCACGUUUGAUACCGAAGAAAGACACUUCGUGGCGUAUGUGUGUUGACAGUCGUGCCAUCAACAAGAUCACUGUCCGGUACUGCUUUCCCAUACCUCGGUUGGAUGACCUCUUGGAUCAGCUACAUGGUGCCACUAUUUUCACGAAGCUGGAUCUUCGGAGCGGGUAUCAUCAGAUUAGGAUCCGGCCAGGUGACGAGUGGAAGACGGCGUUCAAGAUACGCGAGGGGCUCUUUGAGUGGAUGGUGAUACCUUUCGGGUUAUCCAAUGCCUCGAGUACAUUUAUGAGGGUGAUGAACCAGGGCUUACGUGACUUUAUCGGCAAGAGUGUCGUCGUUUAUUUCGACGAUAUUCUUAUUUACCGCCGGAUGAUGGGUGAGCACCUACAGCAUGUCCGGGAGGUCCUUCUUGUUCUGCGUGCUGAGUCCUUUUUUGCUGCUCCUCGUAAGUGCUUUUUCUUGGUUGAUUCGGUGUUGUUUUUGGGGUUUGUCAUCUCGGCCGAGGGCAUUCGAGUGGAUGAGGGUAAGGUGGCCGCCAUUCGUGAUUGGCCAUCUCCGACGACUUUCACAGAGGCCCGGAGUUUUCAUGGCCUUGCGUCCUUUUACCGACGUUUCAUUUCACACUUUAGCACGAUUACGGCUCCCAUUACCGAUUGCUUGACGGGGAAAUCGUUUGUGUGGACCCCAGCAGCCGAGGAUGCUUUCGCUCUCAUCAAAAGCAAGUUGACUUCAGCUCCAGUGCUCAUCUUACCAUAUUUUUCGAAGACGUUUGAGCUUUCUUGCGACGCUUCGAAGGUGGGAAUUGGGGUUGUUCUUGGGCAAGACGGUAGGCCAGUGUCGUUCUUUAGAGAGAAGCUUUGGGGACCGCGAUCCCGUUACA